CGUUUGAUGGGACUUUUGUCGUCACCGUUUUGGGACUGAAGCCUGGAGGCUUUCGGAGGAGAGCUCCGUCCGGACGGUGUCACUCCCAAAGGAGGAAGAGGGUGUAGCCAUUUACCUGGGUAGAGUCACCUGUUGGCUUCAUGUCGGUCGUCGAAUUUCAUUGACAUUUGGACGUUAAAACACUGGCGUCACUCAGGCAUAAAACAGAAAAGGCGUUUAAGGAUGUCAAGAAGAUCCUGACCCGCAGCCCCGACAUGAGCGUCACAUCAUGGUUCCUGGUCAGCAGCUCGGGCACGCGCCACCGCCUGCCCCGAGAAAUGAUUUUUGUCGGCCGAGAAGAAUGUGAGCUCAUGUUGCAGUCACGCAGUGUGGACAAACAGCAUGCUGUGAUCAACUACGACUCAAACAGAGAUGAGCACAUGGUGAAAGACCUGGGCAGCUUGAACGGGACAUUUGUGAAUGACCUGAGGAUCCCGGACCAGACUUACAUCACUCUGAAGCUGUCCGACGUCAUCCGCUUCGGUUAUGAUGUCCAUGUUUAUAUUUUGGAAAGGAGUCAACACAGAGUCCCAGAGGAAGCUCUUAAACAUGAGAAGUACACCAGCCAGCUGCAGCUAAGCAUAAAAUCCCUGGAAGCCAAGUCCAAGGAAAAACAGCAGCUUCAGAGAUUGGAGAAGAGCAAAGAUACCAUUUCCAAUUUUAAACUGCAGGAAAGGACUGAGCGUAAGGCCCAGUCGCUCACAGCUUCCACUGAUUCUCCAAUAUCAAAGCCCACACCUUUGUAUGGCCAACCGUCCUGGUGGGGGGAAGAUGAGGAACAAGCCAACACUAAGCACAGCAGAGGUGGAAAAGUGGCAGAAGAUGAGACUUCAGAACCUGCCAAAGAUGCAUCCAGAUACGGGGUUACCCGCGCUCACUCAGACAUUCAGGCCAAGUCCACCUUCUCCUACCGCCGAGAGCCAAGCAACUUUGAAGCUCCGACCAAGGAGUUCCAGCAGAAAGCUGCAAAAAGUCCAACAUCACAGAUUCACGAAGUACCAACAAAGGAUACCUCAGAUCCUACUCAGUUUGUCCCCUCCACACCCACGCCUCCUGUGGUCCAAAGCCACGCCUCCUUCACCAUCGAAUUUGAUGAAUGUACUCCAGGGAAAUUGAAGAUUAAAGACCAUGUGACCAAGUUCGCCCUUCGGCAGCAGCGUAAGCAAACGUCCCCGGAGGCCCCCUCCACUCCCACAGAGGUCGUAUCAGCAGAAAGCAAAGUGGCUGAUUGGUUGGUCCAAAGCAACGCAAGCAUGAUGAGGAGAAAGUCGCAGGGGGAAAAUUUAUACAACAUCAGCAGUCAUUCAUCAGAUCUGAAAAUAAAAAAUGCAAACUACUACGAGAACGGCUCUCACAUGGAGUUAGGGCCUCCCAUCCUGAGUACUAAUGAAUCCCCCCCAACCGGACUUCAAGAUGUGUUGCAUGGUUCUCCAAAGACCUCCAUUACUUCUCCAGGCUCAGAGGAACCUUUGUCUUCCUCUCCACCAGAGUCUCAGUCUCUUUCCAGUCUAAGCAAGGCAGAACCAAACCAGGCCUUUGUCAUCGAGUUCUUUGACGCCAACGCAAAAAAUAGGCGCUCUCAGUCCGGCACACAGAUCACGUCCCCACCUGAGCCCUCAAACCUCCGAGUCCAGCAAGAGAAAAAGAGCUCAAGCCCUAAUACACAGAGACACAUCUCAUCUUCAUCGUCCCCCGCUCCCCCCACCCAGCGUUACACUAUUCCACUGAAAGGACCCGAUUCUUCAGGGUUUCAGAGAGCUGGCUCUCUACGAAGGGAAAAAACGGAAGACAGGAUCAGCACAAGCUUUUCUUCUCGCUCUUCUUCAUCAGUGUCUGUAAAACCUUUUAGCAGCGUCGGUCGGAGGUCCAAGCUCUCCAAGGAAUUUAACGCUGAAUUACUCAAACGGAAAGAAACGUUUUCCUCCAGCCCAGAGAAAAUCGCUUCCAGUUCGCCUAAAACAACUAAAAGAGCAUUGACGAUAGUUUCACAGACAGAGCAGGACCCGUCCAGCUCUCCUCCAUCUGAUGGAGAUCUCCACCCUCAGACUUCCUCCCCUGUCCACCCACCUGUCCCCAUAAAAACCCCUUUAACACCUGCUGACACAGCAGAGGUCAGGAGCCCCAGAAAUGAGGAGGACGACAGCGUCAGUGAUGCAGGAACUUACACCAUUGAAGCAGAUGUUCAUGACAAGGAGCUGGAAGAGGCAAGGGGCAAGAUUGACCAGGUGUUUGGUGUUGAGAGCCCAGAGCAAAUGAAGCAGACUGAAGCAGAGGCCUCCUCAGCAUUUAGGCCUGUUAUUGAUCAGGACAGGGAGGACAGUAGGCAGAGUAGCUGUGGGGAAGGUAUUCCAGCUCCAGAGCAGGGACAUAGUGUGGCAAAGGUUCAGGAGGCAGAUGCUGUGGUACAGGGGGCUCCUAAGUGGAUGUCUUGCUGGGCCAGCUUGGCUGACAGCUAUACAGAAUCAGGGCCUCCAUCUGGAUCUCUGCAGCAUCUUUUCUGUCUCUGCUCUGGGAAAUAUGUUGGUGACUCCUAUCAGAUGAACGUGGUGGUAUGUUUUCUAAAAGGAAUCUUUCAUUGCACCUUCUUUUCUCUCCUUUUCCCCACUUCUCUGUCCUUUUUUUGGAUAACUCUAACCAACUCACAACGGCAAGGCUCUAGGAGGCGACACAAGGGCUCUGACUAUACUUCUACCUCAGAUGAAGAGUAUGAAUCAAACUGGAGUGAUCUUAAACACAAACGCUCCCAACCUUCCUCAGCUUCUCAUAGUGCCCACGGUCGGCCUCGGUCCCACCCAAUAGUCGCCCAGCACCCGAAACCACGCAGCCGCAACUCUGAUGAGGAGAACCAUGAAGGAGAAGGGUUCAACAGCUGGUCCACCCACAGUGCUGAGAUCGCACGGUUGAGCCAAGAUCUUGCCAAAGACUUGGCGAUCCUGGCCAGAGAGAUCCAUGACGUAGCAGGAGACGGUGAUCAACCAACCCCUGAGGAAAAGAGCGGUGGACAGGUUCAUCAUGUCCCAGAGUCUGAGAAAAAACACAGAAUCCAACAGAGUCCUUUACCAACAAGAGAACCUGAACUGAGGUCAGAUGACCACGACCUGAGCUCCAGGCAUUCGACUCAAAGCAGAAAAGAGGUUAAUGUGGAAAGUUUGAUGCUGAAUCCUGUGUAUCAAGUCACAGCAGCCAUCAGAGAAAAUACAGAGCAGCUUGCUGAGAAGAUUAAGGUUCUGUUCCAGGACAGGAUGGAUAUGUGGGAGGACAUUGAGGACAGAAUUCAUGCAGACGGGGACAUUUCUGUUGGCAAAAUUUCCAACAAGGAAAUGGUUUCUAUUUUGAAAGAACUUCGGAGGGUCCAGAUCCAGCUUGAAGUUAUUAAUGCAGCCAUGGACCCCAGUGGUACCAAUGAAACAAUCAAGAGCACCACUGCUGCUUCAUCCUCUUCUUCCUCUGAAGUUCAGCCUUCCAGAACUUCUUCGUCUAGAGACUGGAGAACUGUCCACUCCGUCUCUAAGCGCGGCGGUGGUCCAAGGCCCAGCGAGAGCGUGAGGAGGGCCGCCGUGACACCAGAUGACCUCCGUCAGGGAUAUUUAGUCUGAAGUCUGGCACGCACAGAAACACAGAUGCACCAACUUGCUCGGCGACUAUUCAAAGAUCGCCGUUCACAGCUGUUAGCUAGUGAAACCAGUCUGAGAGGAAGUGACUGGAUCUAAAAAGCUGUGGUGAGCUCACAAUGUUUGGAAGUGUAUUUUUUUAAUAAAUCAACCACAUGAGGUGGAGACUUAAGGAAGUACCUUGACAUUUCAUUAAAGCUCACCUGAUCUUGUUAAGCUUGAUCUUACACAAUGUUCUCUUUAUUUGCCAAUCAAAUAAAUUAAUGUCUGAUUUUUAUGAAUGUGUUAUUAUGUUGCUAAUUAAUAGCCAGCCUGAGUACAGUCAUCUCAGGGAAAUCUGUAAAUGUAUGUUUAGUUACAAAUGAUUUAUUUGAAUCUGACUAUUUGUGCACAGGCUCCUCUGAACUGCAUUGCAUUUCUCUAUAGAUGAAUAUUUUUCCAGUGUUUAUUUUUGUGUCUGAUUCCUUUUCUUUGACAAAUUUAUUGAGGAAUGUAAAAGCUAUUUAUAAGUUUUUUUUGUGAAUCACACAGCAGGAAUUUAGAGACUUUGUAGCCUCCUGUGCCAGACUGUUGAAUGUCAUUUUACACAGCUGCUCAAAGGCAAUUGG